AUGAAAAAAAUUAAGUUAAAAAAUGCACUCCAUAAUUGUCCGCGACUAGGGUUUAUGUACGAAAUCGAAGGGUUUUAGGAAGAAGAAGAAGAAGAAGCUGUGUUGUAAGAAUGGGGAAAGAAGGAGAUCUAUGGGACGAUUCAGCUCUCAUCAACGCCUUCGACAACGCUAUUUCUUCUUACAAGAAAAUGCACAUCACCUCCAAAAACAAACAAGAACCAGAUGCAAUCAUAGAAGAAAACGUUGAAAUUUCAACUACUACAAGGGAUGUUGAAGAGAAAAUUGAUGUUCCGACUAUUGAUUCAAUUGAAACUAGCAAUGUCUCAAAGUUGGAAGAAAAUCAACAACCUUGUUUAGAUUCAACAAAUGGUACAGAAAUUCAAAAUGAGCAUAAUGGUUAUUCAAACGGGCAAGAUUUGGAUGAUUAUAAUCAGUUAGUUGCUCAGUAUUAUGAACUUGAGGAGAAAAGAUUGAAGAUUUUGGAUCAAAUUAAUCAAUAUGGUGGUUGGAAUUAUCAAUAUGCAGCAACUGAAUCUAAUUCUGGUGUACCGUGUUUGGAUGGUCAAGAUUAUUCGAUGUCUACACACCAAGUUUUGGAUCCAAAUGUUGUCUGUACUUGUUGUCCGUCUUUUAGUCAAUGUGCUUUGGCUUCGUGCACAUCGGUUCCUGGUUGUUCUGUUGGCAGGUCAUGUGCUGGUAAACCUUGUAACGAUUAUAGUGUGGAGAAGGAUCAUAAAAUGUUGAUUCCUCGUGAAGAUGGUAAGAUUCGUGAAAUGGCAAUGGGAGCGGCUGAGAGGGCACUGUCUACCAUCAGAACAACAAUUUCUGGAGAUCCUAAUGUAAAUGAAGAUAAAGAGAGAAAGAAUUCUGAACCUGAAAAAAUUGGCGACUCAGAAACAGAUCUUACUGCUGUUCUGAAUGCUUGGUAUUCAGCUGGCUUUCAUACUGGGAAGUAUCUUGCUGAACAAUCAAUUGGAAAUAGAAUACAGAAAUAAACUCCUAGAUGCUACAUUUUAAAGUGGAGGCAAAAAAGGGUUCCCAUCCAUAUUGUAAAGAGUCAAGGGAAUGUCGGUAAUCUGAUCAAACUGGAAUCGCAUAUGGUGAUAUCGCCAUGGCCCAUGGGACAACUGAACACUAUCGCCAUGCCUGUUGACGUAGUUGGAGACGACAACUGUUGCUGGCAGCAAAGGCAGUAAUUUCUUUUAUUUUUUAUGCUGAAGAGAGGAACUUCAUGCUUUUGUUGAUGGUUAUUUGCGCGUUGUUGAUAGUGGUGGGAUCCGGGUGAUAAUUUAUUAUAGAUGGUGCUUGUGCUUUCAUCCUUUACUCUUGCUUCUGAUGAUGUCAAUCAAAUAUACAUUUAUUUUAUAUAGACUUCCUACAAUUAUGGUAUCUUCAUCUUACUUAUUUACCUUACA